UUUCCCAGCAACACGGCGAGUUGCAACGCAGAAGUACAGAGGAGCUGAGGUACAAGAACAAGAAAGAGGAAAAGCCACAAGCCAUCAAACAAUUGGAAAGAAAUUAUCCGGUACUGCACUUUAGUCUAAUUCGUCACGCGUCUACGUCUGCAAGCAUCGAUACCAUGGACAGCGCCAGAGUAGUAGUGUACAUUGGGGUCUGCCUAUCGGUCCUCAGCACUGUUUGCAAAAGUGAAAUGUCACCUGAAAACCGAAUCUCUGCACAAGAUGAGCAGUACCAAUUGGGCUACGUAACCAGGGACUUGGCUGAAGCACUUGAAGGGCUUUUGGAGGGAGAACAAGACAACAGAAUAUCGCUGGAGAAAAAAGCGAGUGUCAUCCCCCGGUGUGAUGUGGGUGAGCGUUGUGCUAUGAAGCACGGGCCCCGAAUCGGACGUCUUUGCGACUGCAUGAGAGGCACCGCGUGCAACACCUUCUUUCUUCGUUGCUAUUGAACUGUACUUGGCCAUUGCUGUCAUUGUGUGAUUGUGAAACAUUCUAUGAGACCAGGUUCGAAGAUAAGCUUUCAGUUUGUUAACUGUUAUAUUCGUGAAUCUAUUUGCAUGUGUUAUUUUCUGUGAAACAUUGCCUGGAAUCGGUAAACAAUGAUUAGAUGGAUUUAUUUUAUUUAAUAAAAAUGUAAACGAA